AUGGCGGAGCCGACGGACUCAAGCGUCCCUCCUGGUGAAUCGGUCAACACCGCGACCGAACCAAAUGCGCCAGCGGAGGCGGCCCAACCACCAGCGCAAAGAGAGCCAACUCCAGCAGAACCGAAUCAGUACGCAGAGCCAAUGCUAGAGCUCCCACCGUCCUAUGAACAACCCGCCGAACCAGCCUCAUCCGCAGGCCCACCCCAGACCGUGAAUCCAGAUCAACCUCCGGAAGAAACCAGCCAGCCAAUUCAAGUGCCAGCGCCUGAUGUUACGUUGCCGUCGAUUGAAUCAUCGCUUCCUGCGAUAGAUUCAUCACUCACGGCCCUGGAAACAUCGCAUGGAUUCGACGAUGCGGAAUUGCACUCCUUCGAUGAAUUACCUCCAAUUGGCUCAUCUAGUGCCCAAGAUCUAUCACUACCGGCAAUCGAUACAACUUUGCCUUCCCUCGAUCACUCUUUACCAGCAAUCGGAACCGAUAUUCCAACAAUGGAUGGUGAUCAUUCCUUCGACGACAGCCAUCUGGAUCAUCACGAUCCACAUUCUGGUCUCCCGGACACUGGACACGACACGAAUCAACACGACACAAAUGGCGGCCACUACCAACCGCCCAAUGGUACAUAUCAAUAUGCGCACAGUCCCGUCCAGCCUCAAGGACAGCCCUCGCAGGCGCAUUCCCAGCAUCAGUUUCAGGCACAGCCUCAGCAUUACCAAAAUCCCGACAUGUACCACAACACUGGCCAGGCACAGGUUCCUCAAGCACCGAUUGGAUCACCUCUCCCCAACAACAUGCCUCCAAUGGCAUCCAUGAGCUACAUGACUGGAUAUCCUUCCAACAUGGGUCAAGGGAAUGCGCAGAUGCGGUACCAGCUACCGGGGGACCCGAACAAGAUGCUAUCCGGCAAUAGACACAAGAAAGAAGUCAAGCGACGCACAAAAACCGGUUGUUUAACCUGUCGCAAACGCAGAAUCAAGUGCGACGAAGCCCAUCCCGUGUGCAGAAAUUGCGUCAAAAGCAAACGCGAGUGUUUGGGCUACGAUCCUGUCUUCAGGACCCAAGCGUCAACUCCUUCAGCUAUCCAACCAGCUCCUAAUCCUCCUCCGUCGCUGGUUGUCAACCCUCAAGGCCCUUCUACCAUACCAACAACCCCUUCCUAUCCCUCCGCGCCUCCAGGGUACAUGCCCGCUUCUUCUCAGCCAUUUGCGCCUUCUCUCCACUCCGAAUCACCCUCCGCCUCUACCGAUCACCACGAGCACGGAGCUACCCUUGAUCCUUCGCUGGACCAAACAAAUCAUACAGACAUGCAGAACGCAGUACAACGUCCCCAGGGUGAGCCCUCAUAUAAAGCCAAAAACCUCCAUGUCAACGACCUUUUCUCCUUGAGGGGAAUUGCCCCUCCUCCCCCUCACCCUGUCGCAACUCUACCACCCGGUCGUCUCGAAGAAAUCCAGGCUGUCUUCUUGGCUACAUACGCACCUGCCAUCGACAAACUCCUCGAAAUCCGUUGGUACUCGGAAAAGGCUCUCUCAUUCCUGAUGGCCGACUCCCAGCUCAUGGCUGAUUAUUCGGCUUUGAUUGAUGCAUUUAACGAAUGGAAUCUUCAAGAUGGAGAAACACUUGCUCGUUUAGAGAGCUUCGAGGCUUCGAUUAUCUGGAAGAGCAUGGCGUUGUGUCGCCAAGUGCCUGAUGGAGAAAGUGGACAACAGGGUCGUGACUGGAACUUAUGUGUAGCAUGCGCUCGAUUGAACGUCGUCGAGGCCUUGCUUACAUGGAACCACCUAGACUCAAAUUUCCUAUCUCGGGAGCUUGUCAUGGACGCCGCCAACCCCCCAAACACCCCAGACCAAUUCCAGAGCCGCCAAUUAGAUUUCUGGGACCAGGUCGGAGAAUUCCUCACGCUUUACGACAAUGAAGCAAGCUCGGCCAAGCAGAUCGAUGACACGCUGACUCGAUGCCGUCAAUUGCUGGAUACAUACGAAAACCGCGACAUUAUUUACUCCAUCACCGUCGCACGCCAUUUGGGACAGCGCUGGGCUGAUUUCCCCAACAGCUUGCCCAAGGUCGGCUAUACAACCGAGAAAGAGGCGGGGACCAAGCUCUUCGUUGCGCAAAAGUUCCUCGAAGAAGAAGCAGAGGGCAAGGGCACCACACAAAUCUACAAGCGCAUUUGCUGUAUGGCAGUUCGCUCGUGGUGGGUUGCCCGUGGAUAA